AAAAGAGGAACUGAAUAUCAAUCCUGAGUGGUUGAGCCAUGUGCAUCUCUCACGUUCACUUUUAUAAAAUGUUACUGGGAAUAUUUUACCGAGAAAUAGGUUAGUCAUUGGUUUGCAAUAUCAGAGAAAAUAAAGAUAAACACUGAUAGUGCAAUGAAAAGGUUUGGGAUCAAGGUUCAAGCCUUUUACACAUCUGGUCAUCGCUCAACACAAGUCGGGACUUGUCUUUCCAAUGUUCAACACAAAAUAAUGCUGCUACAAGUCAUAAUUGCUACCUUUAUCACAAGAAAGCAUCACAACUCACUUUAUGCGAUUAUAUAGAAGGCAAAAGCAAUUUAAUCGUGUUCACUGAUAAGGCUAAAACCAACAUUCACUGCGAUUGAAAUAAUAAGACGGCUGUCCCGCCAACACCCAAUGCAGUUAGCAUUUCUGGAUGAGUGAGUGAGUGACCUGUCCUAUCCGGCCGGUGAUUUAAUUGUUGGCGAGUUCAAAAUGAACCUUCUUCUGCGCUUUGUGGUAUUUUGUUGUGAUCCUUUGGGUCUUUGGAGACGAUGGCUUAUACGCCCCGUGCUUAAUACGGGCAAGCAGGUCUAUGAUCGUUUCAAAGAGAAAGCUGAUAAAAAGGUGGACUCAGCUCGAGAAUUGGUGUUGCGUAUUGGAUUGGUGGCCUUUGUCGUUGCGCUGAUAAUAUGGGCAGCUGUCUUUAUGUACGCCACGUUCUACUAUGUCUAUAUGCCGGCUAUUUCACAUACUAGACCAGUGCACAUGCAAUUCAAAACUUGCCUUGAUACUAGUGCCCCUUGUACCUUUCCCCAUGCUCAUGUGUCAUUGACGAAAAAACAGCAGUUGCUAAUGGUGGGCCAGGCUUAUCGUGUCAUUGUACAAAUCGAUAUGCCGGAGUCACCUCAAAAUUUAGAUCUUGGUAUGUUUAUGGUGUGUGGAGAAAUGCGUGAUAUUGAGUCCAUGUUGAGGGGACACUCUUGCCGUUCGGCCAUGAUGCGAUAUCGUUCACCUCUAAUACGCACCUUAACCACAUGGGCCCUAAGUCCCCUCUAUGUGGUGGGGUUAAAGGAGGAAUUUCAAAGGGUUUCUGUAGAGAUAUUUUCGCAAUAUUUGGAACAGAAGCAUCAUCCCAUCACCGAUGUCUAUAUAGAACUACAAUCUCAAAAGAUACAAUUUUACACGGUCUCGUUGCAUAUAGUGGCCGAUUUUACUGGUCUACGCUAUAUAAUGCACAACUGGCCCUUGAUGUCGGCCAUGAUAGCCAUUAGCACAAAUCUUUUCUUUAUUUUGGUGGUAUUUUUACUUAGCUGGUAUCAUUGGUCCAAUGCCACUUGGAUAAUUAAUUUACAAAAGAAAUAUGAUCGUUUCACCCAGAAGGUGCAGCAGUCCACCGGUCUAGCUGCACUGCGAACACGUAAAUAUUCAGGGCCAGGUCUACAGGAUGAUGAGGAAUUGAGCUUUCUCAACGAUGAUAAGUCGAAAGAUGAUUCCGAAGAAAUUGAUGAUAUUGGUGGCGGUAAGCAACAACUGCAACUUCGCCAAAGAAAACGAACUGAAGAAAAAGCUUCAAAUUUGUAAAAUGCUUAAUUUUUUGAGAACAAAACUAUGAAGUGGCCAUUUUUGUGUAUAUAUUUUUUUAAUAGAUUAUAAGCUAGCAAGUAAAGAGCACAAUUUUUAUUGUAUUCAAAAUACGAAAUGAAAUAUAGCGAAUUUAUUAUGCAA